GAAGACUCAGUACGCCGAAUCAACUUCGCAAUACUUUCAGGUAAAAUGGUUUCAUUGAGAGAACUUAUAGAGCAACGAGGUAACCAAGGCAGAGAAGGAGAAGAGGAAGGGAUUUUGUCAGUGGAGCCUAUCACGAUGAUAGUGCUGCCUGAGUUGCAGGAUUCGCCGGAAACGAUGGCGUCUGAGGGAAGCACCAGUUCGAGCACUGGGGAUGAUGGUGGCGACCAUCCUAUUGCGUCUUCUAGCAUCUCGUCUACUGAAGAGACACCCAGCCGUGAAGAAGGGAUGGGGGAUGUGGUGAGCAGUGUCUUAGAUCGGCUGGUGGUUGGGGAAUGGGAAGGCGUGACAAUCCCGGGCAGGUUGAGUAACUUACGAAAAGCACCGAAGGACCUGCCCGCUGGAUUCAGGUUCAAGGCUGUACUUCAUCACGAAGUAGCAGACUGUGCGCCCUCCAUAAGUGGGUAUAAAAGACUCGAGGAAAUGGUGAGGGCGUACCACAUCCCCAAGACCAUAUUGCUGCGGACAGGCGGGCAGAACGAAAGGGCGUGCACAGUGUCGCAAACGGGCUGGAUACCAGUGUACGUGGACCACUUUGAUGCCGACCUGCAGUUUCCCCUGCCCGGCCUGAUAUUUGAUCUGCUCGCAGAUUACGAGCUGGCGCUGACGCAGCUAACGCCCAACAGCAUAAGGUUCAUCAUAGGCUUUAUGCUGUUGUGCGCGAGAUUGGAGGUACCAGCUAAAGCGAUAGUGUUCAAGUCGCUAUUCCAGUGCCGGUUGUGUCCGAACUCACGAGGAGCGAAGUGGUACUACCUCUAUGGGAGGGAUAAGAGCCAGCUCUUCAAAAAUGUGAGAAACAAGGUGGCGAGGUGGAAGAGACAGUUUAUUUUUGUUCGCGACACACGAGCAGAAAGGAUAAGUAACGACCUCGCUGCCCGGCUGUCUGAGUGGCGCACCCCCAACGCUCAUAUCAACUAUCCUCAACUACUACCCCGGGAUGUCGAUCUGAAGAACCAGCUGCUUGAGUAUGCGCAGAGGAAGGGUCUAAUAGAUCUAGAAGCCCUGGUUACCUCGGAGCAUCUCGCCGUGUUCGGGUUUGUCGAUGUGACAAACCUGUUCAGCGAAGGAGACAUGAGCAGCAUCUUGGAACGCCAACGACAGCGAGCCCAAGGCUCACGAGGUCGUGCGUCGGGCAGCGCGCAACCCCAGCAGACAAGGGCUGAGGCUGCGGCGCCUGGAGCACGCAGACUUGCACGCGAAGAGAUAGAGAGCGAGGAGGAUGAGGUCCCCUUUGCUCGGCGCAGAAUAAGCAGGGGGACUCAGCCCGCGCAGGCAGCGCGUCCUACAACCGUGCGCUCACCCGUUGCGCCGCCAGCGACUGCGCGGGCAGUAGUAGAGGCCGUCUCUGUCUCAGCUUCAACAUCAGGCCCCAGGAUCGCUUAUCCUGAGGGCUUCACCUAUGUGCGGGCAGAGUGCCAGCCUGCCAUGGUGCAAGCCAUGCACAGCUUUGUGCCCCCUGCAGACAGUAAGCGGGCAAAAGCAUUUGUGCAGCAGCAUGGCGGCUAUGCUGUAGCACUGUACGAGAGCGAGCAGAGGGCUUGUACAGAGAACAGCGAGUUCGGUUCCAAGUGCAAACAACUGGCUGCGGAAAAGGCUAGCCUUGUGGACGAUGUGAAUCGUCUGCAAGGCUCCGAAAUGGCAAACCGAGCUGCGGCUGCAGAGAGCUGGGCGGACGAGCUCACCCAUAGGAUCAACGAGCUCAAGGAGGAGCUAGAACGAGUCCGUGCCGAAAAAGAAAGCGGGAUUCAAGCGGCAAAGGACGAGGCCGCUCGAGUUGAAGAGCGGGCUAAGAGGGCUGAGGGCGAGAGGGACCGUGCUCAAACCGAGCUGGGUUCCUUAAAGUUCCAGAUCACUGAGGCUGAUAAGAACCUCAGUGCUACCGAGGAGGCGUUGAACGAUCUGAAGGCAUCUCAUGCGCGCUCUGUUGGUAUUGCCCGAGCCCAAGGAGCAGAAUGGCUGGUCGGCUCGUCCACGUUCCAAGACGCAGUGGCGGUAGCGUCUGCAAACGUAACCACGGAGAUCUACAACGAGAUUCGUGGGAAGGUGCUGCACCACUGCCCAGAUUUUCCAAUCCGCGAGCUGGUGUUCUUUGACGAGGAGGAGCUUGACGAACAUGGUAAGAGCCUUGCUCCCCUUGCUGACACGACUGUAAGACUGAGAUGGGACUUGAACGAGGAGGGCGUGCCCGUCUGGCCAUCGGCCGUACUGGAGGACGGGAAGGAUCCAGCAGGGCUGCCCUCAUUCGACGCAUGGGUAGAGGGUGCUCCUGUAGCUGAGCAGGAGCCCUCAAGCACUCUACCCAGCUCUCAGCCCGCCCCAGUACCAGCAAGCUCUCCUGUCAAUGCGCCAGCUCCCGAGCCCGCUGCUCGUUCGCCUGUAGCUCGCUCCCUUCUGCCCGCAGCUGACGCGUCCAUGCCCGUUGAUUUAACGGACGACUAGUUUUAGGAGUUUUUGUUUCAUUCUUUUGUAUUUUUGUUUUGGCAUUUUUGUAUUUGAUCAAUAGAUCCAUAUCAUUUGUACUUCUAAUGUAACAUCGUUGAUGAAAUACAAAAAUGAAUUUUCC